AUGGAAGAUAAAUCGGAAAACUACAAGGUCUCUCAACCGAGCACUUGGCCGUACAUGAACGUUAGUUCGCUAACCAUGUCGUUUGUCACUAAAUUGAUGGCAGCCGGUAUUAUCUGGGGAUGGGGUUACUUCAACUUCAGCAUAGCUUGGUUGAUCGCGCCGAUUGCAUUUUCCGUAUGGAAAGCUGAACGGAAAAGGGACAAUGAGUUAAGAACGAUCACAGCGCAAGCGAGCGUGUUGGCUAAAGAAAAGCAGUUAAUCGUCAGUCGAAUAGACGAACUACCUUCGUGGGUGUAUUUUCCCGAUUUUGAUAGAGCCGAAUGGCUGAACAGAAUCUUGUAUAAAGUGUGGCCGAGUAUGAACGAAUACGUUCGCCAGCUGUGCAAACAAAAUAUAGAACCAUCAAUUGUUCAGACAAUCAAAGGUUUUCAGUUUGAUCGCCUAGUCCUGGGUCGCAUUCCACCACGGAUUUACGGAAUCAAAGUGUACGAUAAGAAUACAUCAAGAAACGAGAUCAUUUUAGAUGCUGACAUCAUAUAUGCCGGUGACUGUGAUAUUACCUUUUUCGUUGGCAACAUCAAAGGUGGUAUUAAAGAUUUUCAAAUGCGCGGCUUGGUGCGCGUUAUCAUGAAACCUAUGCUGUCUGUAAUGCCAUUAGUUGGAGGUAUACAAAUAUUCUACUUGAAUAAUCCCACUAUUAACUUCAACUUGGUAGGAGUGGCCGAUGUAUUGGAUUUGCCUGGAUUCAAUGAAAUUUUAAGACGAACUAUUAUUGAACAGAUAGCAGCCAUUGCUGUGUUACCAAACAAAAUAGUUAUACCAUUAAGCGAAGAAAUACCGAUGGAAUCUUUGAAAACACCCGAACCUGAAGGCGUUCUGAGGAUUCAUGUUGUGGAAGCAAAGCAUCUUAUGAAAAAGGAUAUCGGAAUGUUAGGAAAGGGCAAGUCGGACCCGUACGCCAUCAUAAAUGUCGGUGCCGAGGAAUUUAGAACCAAAACAAUUGACAAUACUGUUAAUCCAAAGUGGGAUUUCUGGUGUGAGGCUAUGAUCACUUCAUGUAAUAUGCAAGAAGCUGUGGUAUCUCUUUGGGAUUGGGAUCCCAAUAUCCCAGGGGUACAAUAUGAUGAUUCCCUUGGCAGAGCCACCAUCGAAGUCAUCCGCGUGAAGAAGAAGGGCAUGAUCGAUACAUGGAUUUCUUUGGAGCAAGCGAAGCACGGUAUGGUCCAUUUGCGAUUAACGUGGCUGCAACUUUCGAAGGAUCCCGCUGAUCUAAAAGCCGCUUUAAUAGAAACUCAGGAGCUUCGAGUUACGUCAAUGAGUACUGCCCUUCUCACUCUCUAUAUUGAUUCUGCUAAGAAUUUGCCGUGCAUACGGGGAAAUAAGCAACCCGACGUUUACUUAGUAGCGAGUGUCGGUGGAAAAACGAAAAAGACAGCUACCAUGCCACAUUCUUGCGACCCGAUAUGGGAACGAGGAUUCACUUUCUUGAUUAGUAAUCCCGAAACUGGCAUUUUAAAUCUAAAGCUUACGGAUGAGAAAACUGGCAUGUCAGUUGGGGAAAUGAAUUAUAAUCUUUUCUUGCUUUUGGAAAAGAAUAAUCUUCAAGUGGAUCAACAGCCGUAUGAUUUACAAAUGGCUGCGGCAGACAGCAAGCUCGUAAUGUCGAUGUCACUGAAUAUUCUGAAAUACGAGCAGCCUGAACCUACUUCCGAGGAAGAUGAAGACGAUCAUGACAUCAAUCAAUUAAAUAAACGUAUCGAACGUCAGGAGUCUAAUAUCAGCAACAUUCUGCUUUCUAGUGCACCUUCUAGUCCUCUUAGGAAGCAGCCUUCAAAGGAAUCAAUCAACAGCCAACCACGUAGUACUGGAUCCGGCGCAGCAGCUUUGCCCGAGGAGGCAGCAGCAGUAGAAGAAGAAUUGAUAAUUAACACCAGCGCUCCGUCUUCGCUAACCGGAAGCCCUCACCUUAUUCAUCGGAAUGUUAGCGUGACUUCUUCUUUGGGUGAAGCGAAAUUGGGGAGAAUACAAUUGACCUUACGUUACAGCGUGCAGAGGCAAAAAUUUGUCGUUGUCGUGCACAAAAUUGCCAAUCUGCCGCUGCCGCCGAACGAUCCUCACAACAUACCGGAUCCGUACGUGAAGCUCUACUUGCUACCAGAUCGGCAUAAGGAAACAAAGCGCAAGACUGCCGUAAUGAAGGACAAUUGUAAUCCAACGUUCGACGAACAAUUCGAAUUCGUUGUCUCGCAGGGAGACUUGGGUACGCGUACACUAGAGGUGUUGGUGUGCACCCAAAAGGGUUGGUUGUCGGCCGGGAGCAAGGUGAUGGGUCAGGUUCUUUUGAAGCUGAGCGAGGUCGACAUUUCGAAGGCGAUCACCAGUUGGUACGAUUUACAACCGGAAGUCAAAGACUAGAAAAAAAGGAAAAGUAAGUGGGGAUUCGAGCGUCUGUGCGUCUGCCUGUCGAAACAGCCGCUCAAGUUCCCACUUGAUAACUUUUACAAACGAUGAAAGUCCCAAGAGCUGUACAAGUAUUCUCGUUAAUCGUUAAUCUCUCGCGGUUGACGAUUUAUAUGACGAGUUAUGGUGCUAUACGAGACGCGAGUCGUCUCCGCAAAAUGAUCUUAUCUAUCGAAAUGUUCGUACUUAUGCCGUCCAAUGGCACGAAAUGAUCUGACAUGUAUUAUUGCUGCAAUUGCCGCACAGGAACGGAUCGGCUUAGCGAAAGUAAGUUUCAAGUAAGUUCCCAUUGGUGUAUCGAAUGUUUUGGAAUGCGGAAAAAUGGAUUUCAACGUGAAGUUUUUCAUGUGUAUUCAAGUUCUUCUUCCUGACAAUGUGCCUAAAGUGAAGAAAAAACGCUGGGCGUUUAUUUGAAUAACCAAUAUGAUAAACGAUAAAUAAGUUAUACUUGUGAGGAUGUUCUGUAAAAAUUUGUACAAUUACGAUCGAUACACAAGCAACAUUAAAUUUUGCUAGAUUCUAUGCCAAUCCGCGCCUGACAUUGAUCUUAUUUUAUAUUUUUUCUCAAUUACAUUUAAAUUUACAAUCAUGUUGCAGUAUAAGAUACACUUGUUUGCACAAUGAUUUGCGCACAUUUUUCCAAUUAAGUUAGAAGUGCAUCAAAUGCGAGCCACUGCUCCCGUAGCGAUCACGUGGUCUGCUUGCGUGGUAAAAUAAAAGUAUCAAUGCCCGGAUAUGUAUCUAAUCCUAGACAGUCUUAUUGUUUUAAUUUUUAAAUAUAAAUAUUUAAACUUUUAACAUAAAAUAUAUAGACAGGUAUUAAAUAUAUUCUGUGAUGAAAAUUUAAAUAUUCGUAUUUAAAGACUAAAACAAUAAGAAUGUUCAGGAUUAAGUGUAUGUCCGGAAAUUGGUACUUUUAUCUUAAACGGUUAAGACAGAGAGAAGUUGAAUGACAGAGAGAAUACGCGUUAUUAAGGGGAUGCUGAAGUCGAUGACGAACUCGAACAGUGUCGAUAACGCAGGGACGAUUACUAACACAACUACGUUAUCUUUUUCAUAUUUCUUGUGCAUAUUUAUAUAAAUAUAUUAUAUAAAUGUAUAAAAUUUACAUGUUGCUUUGUUUUACCAUAUUCAACGGAAAACUUAACCACGCAUGUAUAGAAAUUUUUCUGCAAACUUUUCGGAUAUUUUUAAACUUUUGAAUUCAAAUGCAAAGAUACGAUAAUGUUAUUUAUUUUUUUUUUUUUUAUUGUAGUAGUGACAAUCGUCUCUGCAUUAUAGUUCAUCGACUUCAGCAUCCCUUUAAUAGAUUGGUAUUCAUAGUCGAGACUUAUAUUUAAGACUCUUAAAACUCUUCAGAUACUUCGUAACCAAUAAAAUGAUCUUAUCUAAACGUACCUUAUCUGAAGAUAAACUUGAGACGGUUUUAAAUAUAAUAUCUGGCUAUGAAUACCAGCCUUAGACUUCAACUUCUAUCAUACCGACACGAGUGUAAGUUCGUGAAUAGCAACUCGCAAUUGUGACCAUUUGAUGCACUUCUGACUUUAUCGCAAAAAGGGCGUAUGCAAAUCAUUGUGUAAAUGUUAUUUAUAUGAUUUAAAAAAUGAAGUAUUUUUAUAUUACAACUGUGUGAUUUUAUUAUUCAUAAUCGACACCAAAAUAAUUUUUUUUUCCACAAGUUCCUUGUUGUGUUUCAUAUAUCUUUUUUUUUUGUUUUUCUUAUGUUUUAACAUUGCUUUGUUACUAACGAAGUCGGAUAAUGCAUUUAUGAGUUGCAUAAGCGAUUAAAUAGGUGAUUAUCACUCUCUAUGUAUACAUGUUUUAUAUUUUAUAAGAUAUAUCUUUCUUCGAAAAUGCAACUCGCGGCAUACGUUUAUAUAGUUUUAAUACAGCAUAAUUCGUGAAAUCAAAUUAGUAUAUACAUGCGUUAUAUUUAUAUCGAAGUUUUUGCUAUAUUACACAUAUACACGUAUAAACAUACACCUAUGUACAUCUAUAUUCUGUGACGCACGACACCGUCAAUAAUGUCACGAACUGUUGAGAACAAUAAAUAUUAUAUGCAUUGUC